UAACAGGAAUUAAAAUGUUCACAAUAGGCAACCCCGCCAGGUUGCAUGCAGUGGAUAAGCCUGUUCAUUCAUGCCAGGGAUAAGCCCUGACAGCCCUUACUCGCCCACCCACCCCGCUCCUCUGUGAUUCCAGGCAUGCGUAAGAGACAUGUGUGGGGCAGGCCCAGACACGUCUUACCUGCCCCACCCCACCCCUCCCCUGUUAUUCCGCGCAUGCGCGAGGCGCACUUGACAUUAGAAGAGCUGGUUAGUUUGCCUUAAUUUCAGCAGUCUCUUGAAGAUGGCAACCUCUGAUUCCAAAGAUGUUUUUAAAACAACAGCAAAAGCCAGCAUCGAAUGCUCUGAAGAGGAUCAUAUGCCAGAAUGCAACAAACCCUAUAUGGCAACUUCAGAAGGGGAUUUGUUUGAUAUAAAUUUGAUCCCCAAACCUCCCAAGCAUGGGCGUAGAAUAAGAAAAAGACCUGUCUUCAUUGAAGAGAAUAUAAAAUUUUGUUAUUGUAGAUUCUGCAAAAUAUCAAAUGAAGCGGUGGAGCCUCAAAAUGUCAGCAUGCCGCAAGUUCUGAAAGUGUGUGUUAUUAAAAUAAUACAUCAUUGUUUAAUGGGAUGUUUAAAAUCAGAAGAUAAUGUGGAUGGAAACAAUGAAACAGAACUUAUUAACAGCUUAUGUAUUCGGCUUUCUAUGCCACAUGUUCUCUGGGUCAUCAUCAGUAUUACUGACAAAAUGGAUAAAUUAUAUUUCACCCGGGAUACAUUUGACGAUCUCAAGACAUUCAUACAGUGUAUAAAGAAUAGCCAUGAACCGCUGUCAUUAAUGUCAAAGACUGAAGCUGAAUUACCAUUGGCUCUGAAGAGGAUCAUAUGCCAGAAUGUAACAGAAAUUAAUUACAAUAAACUGUUAAAGCUAUGAAAUUUAUAAUAAAAUGUGAUUUACAAAACACAUGAAAGGUGUAUUAUAUUUUUUUCUUUUGCUGACCCUUCUGUUUAAACUUGUCAGAUGUUAAACACAGAGAUACAGUUUAAUUAAAGCUCAUGUGAUAUUACUACAUUAGCUUCUAUUCAAAUGCUUCUUUCAGCUAGGCAGGGCGGGCAGUUUUUGCAUAAGGUGUGAAGAACUCCCCUUUUCUGAUGUGAUUAAUUUGUGACGUCACUAAGGUGUAUAAAAGCAGGAGACUAUACAGGUCUAGUCAUGUUUACUGGUUUCUGGCAUAACCAUACCUCUGGAGCAAUUUGAACUGCUAAGAAGACCCCUGUUCAGAAUGGAAUCUACUAUUGUAAGUAAUUUUAAGCCUAAUUUUGAAACACUUAGAUAUAAAAUGGUUUUUAUAGAGUGGUUGCUUAUUUGUUUGAUUGAAUUUUUUCUUUCACUAGAAUGAAUUGACAGAUUCAGAAUGUUUGAUGGGUGUUACAAUUGUAAGUAAUUUUAAGCCUAAUUUUGAAGCACUUAGAUAUAAAAUGGUUUUUAUAGAGUGGUUGCUUAUUUGUUUGAUUGAAUUUUUUCUUUCACUAGAAUGAAUUGACAGACUCAGAAUGUUUG